AUGAACUCGACGGCUAACAUAACAUCGCCAGUGUUUCAUGGGGCCGAUGGAAACAAUACACUGGACCGCGACAUCGCCAACUUGACAGCAUUUUGGGGCAAUGAAAGUGUGUACGAGCAGUGGUAUAGCCAUGAUAGCAUGAGAAAUAAUGAUUCCAUAGGUCACGGCUAUUUUGUCGACCAGGGUGAAUUGUCUGUGUAUCUCAGCGCAGUCAACGUGACAAUCAAUUUUAGCCAGAUUAGAGGUAACGAUUCGAAUUUCACUUCCGACGAAUACAUCGUAACUACCACCGUUUCCGCUACGAAGGUCUUACUUGGUCUUUUUCUCUCACUAUGUUGUAUGGUGACUGUGCUUGGAAAUAUACUUGUGAUGGUCGCCGUGUCGCGGAUGAGCUACUUGCGUACAGUCACCAAUUUUUUCAUAGUUUCAUUAGCAGUUGCGGAUCUCCUGGUAGGUUCCAUAAUUAUACCCUUCACUAUCACACUCGAAAUGACUGGUGGUUACUGGCCGUUUGGAGUUAUAUGGUGCGAUCUGUGGCGAUCGUUUGACGUACUCAGUGCAACUGCUUCAAUAAUGAAUUUAUGUGUCAUAUCGCUGGACAGAUAUUGGGCAAUUACAGAUCCUAUAUCAUAUCCUGGCAGGAUGUCAUUCAAACGUGCGUACAUCACAAUAUUUUUCGUUUGGUUUUGCUCUAUGUCGAUUUCGUUUCCAGCCAUAGCAUGGUGGCGUGCUGUGGACCCGAUUGAUAACGGUAAAAACGUGUGCUUAUUUACUGACGACACGCUCUACAGGAUCCUCUCGUCCUGUAUAUCGUUUUACGUGCCACUAUUCGUGAUGGUUUUUGUAUAUUACAAAAUCUACCGCGCUGCAGCAAUACAGAUGAGAAGCCUGAGGCGAGGCAUGAAAACACUGAACAAUGACGCCGAUUUCAAAGGCGGCGUACUCACUUUGAGGAUUCACAGGGGCGGGGGCGCCGCGUACAGAACGCACAACCAUGUCAAUGGCAACAGCACACACGAGACUGACAGUUUAGACUCCCAGAUCAGAAGAGGAAAUCGUGCGAUGCCCGUUAGAAGGCUACAUAUAAGCAAACGUUUCAUCCGCCUGGCGAAGGAAAGAAAGGCUGCAAAAACAUUGGGUAUCGUCAUGGGAGUAUUUAUAAUAUGCUGGUUGCCUUUCUUCGUUCUUAAUGUUCUCUACGGCAUCUGUGGGGACGUUUGCGUUGAAAACGCAGACCUGCUUUACAAUCUAUUCACCUGGCUAGGAUACUUAAACAGCGGAGUGAAUCCAUUUAUUUACGCGUUUUCCAGUCGUGAUUUUAAGCGAGCGUUUAUUAAAAUUCUGUGCACGUGUCUGCCAACCAAUCUGAACACUCAAAUACACAUGCCACGCAGACCGAAGCAACGCAAGAAUUCCAAUACUUUCUCGUCUCAUGUGGAAACCACCAUUCUCAGUAUCUAA